AUGGAUUCACAGCACUGCAUCACGCCGCCUAUACAGGCCACCUGGAAGGUUUCCAGACAGCUCCUUCACUACGGGGCCGACUGCAACAUCAAGGACAGAGAUGGGUGGACAGCACUGCAAGCUGCCAUAGUCUGUGGAAAGCGUGAAUUGGUCGACUUGCUCAAGAAUACAGAUGUGUCGCACCUGAUGCAAGAAAUGGCCUCGAGAAAGGCUACCAGAAGCGUUGUCGUUUCCGGGCUACGAAACGUCAUCAACAGCGGCUGGACUUCCCGUCUUUUGGUCUUGCUCGAGGACGGCGCCGACAUUGACGCCAUUGACGAAGUCGGAGGGUCGACUGCCCUCACGCAUGCCGCGUGGCUAAAGGCGGACGCCAUGGUGCCUCUGCUACUCGACCACGGAGCAGACGUCAACCUCCGCGACCUAGACGACCGCACGGCGCUGCACUGGGCCGCCGAGGGCACAUAUGCUGAUCUGGUCGAGGUCCUGCUGGAUCGCGGCGCCGACGUGAAUGCCCGAGACUUUCACGGCCGAAGCGUACUGCACUGGUUCGCCAUCCAAGGCUGCGCGGAGACGGUGCCCUUGCUACUCCGGAGCGGCGCAAGCGUCGACAUGCAGGAUCACUGCGGCCAGACGGCGCUCCACUGGGCCGUUGCCAGCGGUCACGCCGCCACUGCCCGGCGGCUCCUCAAGCACAAUGCUUCCGCCGCGCUGCCCACCAACGACGGCUCCACCGCCUUGCAUAUCGCCGCAUACAUUGGCUACCUGAAAAUGGUUCAUUUGCUGCUACGCGACAAGGAGCGCAGAGAGCGGCGCGCCGCCGCGACCUCGGCGGCGGCGGACCUCGGAGUGGCGGUCGACCUGGCCGCCACGGAUGCCAACGGAUUCACGGCCCAGACCGUUGCCGAGCUCGCAGGCUAUUGGGAAGUUGCCGACGUGCUCAGAGAGGCGGCAGGCGCUGCGGCUGCGGCUGCGGCUGCGGCUGACUGCAACGGAAGCUGCCCCGGCCCGGCACAGGACAAUUUUCAUCGGCCGAAACCCCGGCUCCGGGUCAGUACUGACCCUGAAUCCGACUAUGCACAGACGAAAGACGGUAUAAGCACUGUUGGCAUACGCUUGAUGAGCGAUGAUGUGCAGCUCUGGCUUUAUGAGCGAUCCAAGCUUGUAUCUUCGGAUGGGGCUUAA